AAGAUGUAUUACGAGUCAAACUACGUACGAGUUAAUCAUAAAUGUGCACCGGAAGUUAUCCCCCUUUUCAAACCAGCAAAUUGUUGAAACCAGACGCUUUUUUCUACACGAAGUAAUCAAAGGCCAUCACGUCCACAGAACCGAAAUUAUGCCACCAGUUAGAACGUCGAUGACCAAAAGAGCGUCCAGGAAGCGGAGGGAGACUAUAGGAACCCCAUCGAGAGGCAGAGGGCACCGGUGCAGGCAAAGCACUAGGCCCAGGACAAAUCUCUCGCCAACACGCCGGGUCCCGGCCGAGGCAACAGGCGCCGAUGGAAUUCCCCCAGAAACACUUCCUCUGCCAUCCGAUACUAUACAACCGACGUUGACACCACAAAUAGAACAAAGCAUCCCUGGAAUCCCCAGUGGAAGCGGACACUGGAAUGUGGACCCAUGGGGAUACCAUGCACCCAUCAGUGUAGGAAAGUGCGAGAAGCCAGAGCCUUUGACCAUCAAGGACUAAUUACACGCUUACACCAGUUCAUUAGACUUUCUAGUGCAUGUAGUGUAAAUCAACUACCAUGAACACUUUCAUAACAG